AGGAACAGCAUAGCAGAUAAUAGAACAGGGUACGACUAUAGGGGGGCUGGACUGUCGCUAGUGGGAGAAGAAAAUGUCCUGGUAUCUGUGGGAAUAAACCAUGCCUCAUCAUUUAUUAACGGGAGAUAUAGUGCCCCAUCACUGGUAUCAAUGAGAGGAAUAGUUUUCCAUUGUUGGUGUCAGUGGGAGGAAUACUGUCCCAUUGUUGGUGUCAGUGGGAGGCAUAGUGCCCCUUCAUUGGUGUCAGUGGGAGGCAUAAUAUGCCAUCAUUGGUGUCAGUGGGAGGCAUAAUAUCCCAUCAUUGGUGUCAGUGGGAGGAAUAGUGCCCUAGCAUUAAUAUCAGUAGGAGGAAUAGUGCCCCAUCAUUGGUUUCAGUGGGAGGAAUGCCCUAUCAUUGUUGUCAGUAGAAGGAAUAGUGCCCCAUCAUUGGUGUCAGUAGGAGGAAUAGUGCCCCAUCAUUGGUGUCAGUGGGAGGAAUAAUGCCCCAUUAGUGGUGGGAACUAUGCCCCACUGUUGCUGAAAGGGGAAAUA